AUGGAAAAGCAGGACGUUGAGGCUGCCGUGUCAGCACCGAUAGUGGACGAGAAGCAGUCGGUCGCCAGCGGGGAGGCGCCGCUACCGACUGUGCCGACAUCGCGCUUUGAGCGCUUCACGAACUUUCUCAAGACGUGGGGCGUAGAGACGCACGGGAUCGAGCCUAUUCCUCUGGAAAGUCGCACAGAGCGUCGGACCUACCAAUUCUUCUUCCUUUGGCUGUCAACGAAUUUGAGCGUCUUGACUGUCAGUACGGGUGUCUCUGGUCCGGCAUUCUUCAGCCUCGGUCGCCGCGAUUCGCUCGUUAUCAUCUUGGUGGUGGACCUCAUAACAUGCCUGAUCCCAGCUUACUUCGCAGCGUUCGGCCCUAAGCUCGGCACUCGAGCGAUGGUUCAGGCUCGCUUCUCGUGGGGAUUCUACGGCGGAAUCAUACCCAGUCUCUUCAACAUCUUCUCCCUGCAAGGGUACCUCGUCCUGAAUGCAAUCAUCGGAGGCCAGCUGCUGGCGUCUGUGAGCUCUCAUCUCAACGAUACCCUCGGAAUUGUGAUCAUCUCCGUCAUAUCGCUUGCUGUGACAUUCGCCGGCUACCGCGUCCUUCACUGGUACGAGCAGUACGCUUGGGUUCCCAACUUCUUGGCCUUCUUGACCAUGCUCGGAGCUGGCGCCAAACAUAUCCGGGACAUUGACCCGCCGACAGCAACGGCUGCGAACGUACUAUCAUUCGCAUCGCUAGUCUGUAUCUCGGUUUAUAGCUGGUGCACCAUGUCGCCGGACUAUGGAGUGUAUCAUGCUCCUGCACCAACCUGGAAGAUCAUGCUUUAUGUCUACCUUGGCUUCUUGUGUGGAAGUAUGCCCGGACAUAUGAUCGGAGCGGCCUUCGCUGCAGGUGCCCAAGCAGUGCCGGCUUGGCAAGCGGGCCUCGGCGCAGACUUUGGCAACGUCGGUGGACUUGUCGGUGCUGUUCUAUUCGAGGCCGGCGGUUGGGGCAAGUUCCUCGCCGUCAUAUGUGCGCUCACGAUACCCAGCGCUGUUGCUCCGACUAUGUACAGCUUCGGUACCAGCUUCAUGACAGUCACCCCCAUUCUGGCUCGCCUGCCACGUUACGUGUACGCUUUUGUUGCGACUGCGAUCCUGAUACCGGUGGCGGUCGUUGGUGCCAACUCCUUCUAUGAUACUUUCGUCGACAUCAUCUCGGUCAUCGGGUACUGGAGUGCAGGAUUCGCCGGUGUUGUGAUGGCAGAUCACACGAUCAUCAGGCGCGGCCGCUGGUCGAGCUAUCACCCCGUAGAGGACUGGGAGGACCCGCACGUUCUUCCCCUCGGCUUCGCCGCCAUCUUUGCCUUCCUAUGCGCUGUGGGUAUCAUCGUACCCUCGAUGAGCCAAGUAUACUAUGUAGGACCCAUAGCGGCAGCUGGCGCAGGAGACAUUGGGAUCUGGCUUGGCUUCACCGUCGCUGCACUUGUUUACGUGCCCUGCAGGCUACUGGAGAUGCAGGUUGAGAAGCGAUUGGGAAGAGGCGGCGCAGUGCAUCUAUGA